GUCAACCACAACAAAGAUGGCGGCAGCAACGUCUCCACGGCAACGGCGACGCAUUUGUCCGCAAGCGCACCAACCUCUUGUUCCGGCCUGCCAUUUUUACGUCACUUCCGGCUCCGGCGGGCAGUGUGUGCGCAGCUCUUCCUGUCGCUGCUGCGGUGGAGAUCCCGGUCCUGGUGAGUGGAGUCUGAGUGAGUCUCGCGGAGGGACUCGGAGAGAAUGGGGCACCAGCAACAUGGAAAGGGAAGGUGGGAAGAACGCGGCUGCUGUCGCAGUUGUGACUGAGCCUCGGUUUACCCAGCGAUACAGGGAAUAUCUCGAGAAGCAGAAACUCUUGGAUAGACAGCACCGUGUGGCAAAGAUGCCGGAUGGCACCGUGGCGCUACCCGUGCUGGGCGAGGCUCUCCGUGAACAGCACCUGCGGGAGCUGAGGAAUUGUGUGGCCCCAGGCAGCACCUGUAUAGUAACCCAGCUCCUGGAUCCUGUUCCCUCCAAGAAGGCUCAGAGUUGUUCACCUGCCCGAAGGCUGUGUCUUGAAGUGAGUCGCUGGGUAGAGGGCCGGGGAGUGACGUGGUCAGCUGAGUUGGAGGCUGAUUUGCCCCGAUCUUGGCAGCGACAUGGUAACCUCUUGUUGCUGAGUGAAGACUGUUUCCAAGCCAAGCAGUGGAAAAAUCUGGAACCAGAACUCUGGGAGACUGUUGCGUCGGCCCUUGGCGUCCGUCGUGUGGCCAAACGAGGGCGGGUAUCACCAGACGGCACUCGAACACCAGCCGUGACUCUGCUGCUGGGCGACCAUGGCUGGGUAGAGCAUGUCGAUAAUGGGAUCCGAUAUAAGUUUGACGUGACCCAGUGCAUGUUCUCCUUCGGAAACAUCACCGAGAAGCUUCGAGUGGCAUCGCUGCCCUGUGCCAGAGAGGUGCUGGUGGAUCUCUACGCAGGGAUUGGCUAUUUUACGUUGCCCUUCCUGGUCCAUGCUGGUGCUGCCUUCGUCCACGCCUGUGAGUGGAACCCCCAUGCUGUAGUUGCCCUGAGAACUAAUCUUGAGAUCAAUGGAGUGGCACAUCGGUGCCAAAUACACUUUGGGGAUAACAGAAAACUGAAGCUCUCAAACAUUGCAGACAGGGUGAACCUGGGGCUGAUUCCCAGCUCUGAAGAAGGCUGGCCCAUUGCCUGCCAGGUGCUAAAACAGGAUGCUGGGGGCAUUUUGCAUAUCCACCAAAAUGUGGAAUCUUUCCCAGGGAAGAAUCUCCAGCCUCUUGGAAGCAGUGAAAUGGAGAAGGAGCAUUGGCCUUAUCCUCAGCAAAUUAUCACCAACCAAGGGACAAAUGGAGCUACCGGGGAUUCUAGGAGAAAAACACUGCCAGCAGCCACCAAACCAGAGUGGCAGAGGUGGGCAGAAUCUGCAGAAACUCGUAUUGCCACCCUUCUUCAGCAGGUGCACGGGAAACCAUGGAAGACACAAAUCCUGCACAUCCAACCAGUGAAAUCCUACGCUCCCCAUGUGGACCACAUAGUCUUGGAUCUGGAAUGCCGCCCCUGCCCUCUAGUUGGCUAAAGAAGGUGGAUCCUGAGACCCAAGGAUCUACAUGUGGACAUCAGGGCCAACGUGAGGAGCUCUAGGGAGUGAGAGAUAUUCUGCAGGGUUUCUCAAGUGUCACUUUGUUUUGUGACUGUCUGCCAGCACCGUUGUGUGCCCCUGGAAUGACUGAUCGCAGAGAAGCACUGUUUACCUUUGGAAUGACUAAUAGUUGAGAAUCACUUUUCGGAGCUGUGUUUUCGUGCACUUCGAAGCCAUCUGGGCUUGUUUGCCUGAUGAAGGACGCACAGGGAAGUUGUGCUUUCUCAGGAUUAUGACUGUGUCUGGCAUUCAGCUUGUUGGGCUCGAGCUGGGGCUGCUCGUCCUUCUCGGGACAGCGUCAGUAAGGACAGGAUUGGUGCUGUUUAUGCUUCCACGCAAAUUAAGUGCCUGCUGUCUAUAUGAGCUGCAGAUGCAUUCGAUACAGACCCUGUCUCUGAGGCGUUCACAACCUAGCAGCAGAAAUAACACAAAAACUCAGAGCUGGAAUACAGUAGGUAUCGUAAGAGUGAUAGCACCAUGUAGAAGUGCAAAGGUGAAGAAAAGUUUUCAGAAUGGGGAAGGCUUCAGAGGGGUAGUGUUUGACCCGGCUCUUAAAAACUGGGUAAGAUUUUGUUAGUGAGUCAGGCUGGAAACAGAUGCUAGCGGAAGAAAAUAGUGCAGAGAGUUGGCUCAGAAGAUGUUAGGAGCACCGUCACUAGAGCAGUCUGGAACAGAAGAAGCAGCGAGAGAUGUGUUGAAGAUGGAGGUCGUUGUAAGGAUUAAAAAGAAUAGUGUCCGGUACCCAGUAAGCCCCCAGGAAGUGGUAGCCGUCGUGGGAUCCCACCGCAGAAGGGGGCCUGACUGGUCCGUUACCAUCCCACCGAGUGGCCUGUGUUUGCCUGAAUCCUCUCCUCUUCCCCAUAUUGGUUUCUGACACACGUGCCUGCAGCUUUUGUGCCUCUGGCUAAAAAUGCCACGCUGGGACUGGAGGCAGCGUGGGGAGGAAGGAAGGCAGGGGAGAAACAGGGAGGACGGGGGGGUCAGGGAGCCACGUGGCUAGGGGCUGAGGAGUUACCUUUCUGACCCAAGCUAUGGAUGGGCCGCUGACCUCAGAUACACCUGACUGGUCUCGUUCGACCUGUUACGUACACAUCAGGCCUUGAGUGUUCAGUGGUCAAAGAAGAUCGGCAUGGAUUCUGCCUUCAUGGAAUUGAGGUUCCACUCAUACACUUUCUGGCCUCCCUUCUUUCUCUGUGACCUGAGGCAGUCUCUCAAGAUUUAGUGUCCUGUCUGUACAUACGGGUUAACAAGUGUACGUAGCCCGAAGCAUACUUGUUAGGGUUAAGCGAGUUAACAGGCCUGAACUGUCAACACCGUCACUGGCACGUAGUGAAUACUUCGGUCUUCGUGUAAGGUGAACUGCCCGGUUCCUGCUUUGGGUGUGAGGAAUAGCUGUACAUUUGCUUUAGUUAAAGUAGAAGGUCCUUGUUUUGAAAAGCCAUUCACUGAUUGAUUGGGAUGUACCGCGUACUCUCGCUGUCAGGCACUGUGCUGAGGGCGAGAGACACAGAGGUGAGUAAAGCUGAGUCCUGGGGGGCAUGUGACUCUUGAUCUCUGGGUUGUAAGUUCAAGCCCCAUGUGAGGUGGGGCAAGUACUCAAAAUCUUUAAAAAAAUAAAUAAAUAAAAAAAAGCUGAGUCCUGCCCAAAAUGGGAGGGAUCACUUCUGGUGACGGGGACACAGAGGAAACAAUGUUAAUACUGGGCACUAAGUGCUGAGACAGAAACAGACGGGUGUUCACGGGCACACACAGUGGAGGCAGCCGUCCACGUUCGGGGGUGUGGGUUAGGGGAAGUGGAGAGUGUGGCUGGGAAGGUGGGAGCAGGGACGCUUCACUUGAGACUUAAAGAAUGAGCCGGAGGGGCGCCCGGGUGGCUCAGUCAGUUAAGUAGCCAGCUGUCUUGGUUUCGGCUCAGGUCAUGGUCUCCCAGUUUCAUGGGUUCAAACCCCGAGUUGGGUUACUGUGCACUGACCGCACAGAGCCUGCUGGGAUUCUCCCUCUCUCUCUGCCCCUCCCCUGCUCCCGCUCUCUCUGUCUCUCUCAAAAUAGAUAAAUAAACUUGAAAAAAAAAAAAAAAAAAGAAUGAGCUGGAGUUAUGUGUGAAUGGAAGAAAGUAAGGGUCCCCUAAGCCUUUUCUCCACCUUGAGUG